GUUCGGCGCAUGAAAAGCAAGGUGUCUAAACCCAUGUCGAACUUGUGUCUCGUCCUGUAUCGCAUAAUAGGACAUGAUUUGUCGUAUUUUGUGCCGUAUGGAAUCUAAUCAAAACCUGCUGAACUUCAUAUAUUCGGAUGCGGCUCUUUCUGUCGUAUUUGACCGUUGUACAUUAGGUUCAGCGCAUGAAAAGUUCGCCGUCUGAAUCGGGCCUUUAGGAAGACUUCUCGCUCCGAAUUUUCGUCGGUUAGCCCACUUGCACGGAUGCAUUAUUAGAAAAGAUAUGAGAUCUGGGCUUCCAGAAUGAACGGCAGUUUUGGCAAAAUUGGUUUCGGUUUCGACACGCCGGAAACAUGAAGUGCUCUGGUGUAAAUACAAUACGAGUGGUUAUUUACAAAUAUUACAAUUUGGAAAGUCACGUCUUUGAAAAACUCACGAAUUAUACAAGUCGAGUGUGCGUUUUUCACAAAUUGGAUGAGAAAUCAUACUACUACUUAUUGCUAAUAUACAUGAAAAACUUAUGUAAAAGCAAAUUCAAAGUCAUUUUGUCAUCCAUGAAAAAACCAAUAGCAUUGCGUGGGCGAGUGAGUGUUUCAUUACGCGGAACGUGUGCACGUACGAUUCUAAGGUAUAUCGAGUUACAAGAGAGGAAUUAAUCAUUGCGAGUUGAGGGUUAUAACUUAUAAGCAGUGUACGCUGAUCAUUCUGAUCACAAAUUCGGCAGUCUCUGAAAGACCAGCUCACUGUGAUAUAUUCGAGUAUAGUUCGAAAGUGUUCUGACCGAGUCACUCGUUGGUGAUUAUUUAAAGAACACUUGUUCAGAUCUACUUUGUGAUUUAAUCAGUGUGAAAUGGCGAACGAUACGGAACUCAUUGGAUCGUUCAUUUGGAGCAAACCACAGAAGAAUUUAUCAAAAUUACUUAAAGAAUAUCAACUGCCUCAGAUUGUUCGAGUCGUGGAUGGCUUCUGCGGCAAGAACGAAGAAACAAGCAUAAAUAGCGAACAGAUAUUGGCAUUCCACGAGAUAUGUUCAGUCCGAAAACUAUUUGGCACGGACAGUUCGGGCAAGCAAGUAAUCAUUCCAUUGACGUGUCCAACACAAGUUCUAGUCUGCCCGUCCAAAUGUAAGUACACGCCAUGUAAAGUCGAAGAUUUUAAGUCCAUCUUUCCUAAAGUACAAUACGUACGAGUGAAAAGCUGUGGACCUCAAUCCAGGAAUGCCAGUGACAUUUUACAACCCUCGCUCAAAGUUGGUGACAUACUACAAAUUCAAAAGAUUAACAAAAAAAAGAAAAGUGUCGUUUGUCAGAAUACUGAUACUAAAGGAGAAGUGACUCUUUCCUACACAUCCCCGGCGAUUUUCACCCCAUUACUAGACAGCCGGAAAUACACACUGUCGGAAGUUGUGAUCAACUACGGCCUGCAUUCGAGGGUGUGCUUUGAAACAACCCGUUCGCAGGCUGAUCAAAACUCGGAUCAGUGGAACAGCGCGUUAACAGGUCUCACUGAAGUGGUCUUUCAUAAAGUGCUAACGGAAGUUAAAGUUAUCGCAACUACCUUAGGGAGAGGGGUGGGUGCACUAACGCACUGUAUAGGUCUACCGACUGACCUACCCAUCCGCUGUGCAGUCGCAGAACGUUUAGCUAAAAAUGGCCAAAGUUAUGAAGAUUUUGUUCGUACGCUACACGCAGGUUUCAACAGCAAGAACCUCUCAGAGAGAGUAAAUGUAUUCCAAGAUAUAAACGCUGUAAAGAUAUACGAUUUAACUUCUUUCGAAAGUAUGGCGACUGUUCAACGGCCACAAUCCGACACCUUACCGAGUCCUGUACAAAGUAAUGUGGCAAAAAAACCGGCCAAAGUUUCUCCCAAACCUAAAAAAAGAAUCACAGAGUCCCCAAACAAUUCCGACUAUCCACCACGCGAUUCAAAACAACCCUCGCAAAGUCCUGCUGACGAAGUACACGACGAACCUGCACGAAAUAGCCCCGAAGUUGGUACGCCCACAGCCGAGGUAUACGACAAACUUUCACGAAGUCGUCCCGAAGAAAGUGCAACCACAGACGAAGAGGAGUACGUUGACAUGAGCUUCUUUCAGAAAAAUAUUUAUGAAUAUGUUGAUUGUGAAAAGGACAAACAUUCAGUUGAUAACCAGAACAACCUUGAUAUAUAUAUGUAUGUUUCGAUAACAAAUUCUCACCGUACUGGCAAUUAUAUAAAUGUUCCAUCAACAUUAAAAGUCCAGGAUCAUUUGAGAAACGAAGGUUCACAAAAGCAAGCACCAUUCAAUCAACCUGAAAUAAAACAUUCACAAGGUUAUGAACAGGUUAAGCCUGUAUGGAAUUCAAACUCGAAUCAGGAGUUUGCAGAUCCUAAUUUAAUCCUAAAAGAUAACGAUAAAAAUAAGGAGCAAUUAUCCGAAAAUCACAGUGACUAUGUCAUCCCUAUGAUAUCACCAAACGUAAAACCUCAGACAAGGAAAUUUGUCAUAAUACACAAACGAACCGAUGCAAAAAAUAAACCUUCAAAUACCGGUUAUGAAAAUGUCGAGUUCGCAAGGGAAAAACAGAACGGUCAGCGAAAACAUGCUUAUGAAAAUGUGGUUACAAACGUUGGAAUAGGGUUCAAAUUCCAGGAAUAGUUCUUAUUAGUCAAAUAUUGAGUUUCUCGCAGUUUCUUUAUAAAGUUUCUUCGUGUUCGCAGUAAAAGUAGCCUGCGUAGCAGCCGUUUUAUUGUAUUGAAGGUUUUGAAGAUUUUUGAAUAAAUGACGGUAAUCCUUAAAACCUUCAAUAAAAUAACACUGCUACGCAGGUUACAGUUAGUAAAAGGAUUUUGAUAGAAGAAUCUAUACCUAUGAACAAACAAAGAAACAAGCAAUUUUUUGCAUGAAUUAAUUUUAA